AUGAGGAUCCUUUCUGUGAAUUCGGCCAUAUCGGCGGAAUCUUCAAUUCCUCCCCUCGACAAUGGGCGAGUCCCCGGGGCUGGGAACCCGUCAAAGGUCUCGUCUGUUCGGCCAAUGGGGCGCUUCCAUCCGACCUCCCCAGCCAGCAACGAUAAAUCCGAACGUCCAACCGGACGUCCACAGACCCAGAGGCCCCGUCAACACCUCCCAGAAUCAGUGCACCAAACCGGCCCGAUCGAUGGCUGCCUGGCAAUCUUCGCAGUUACCCGGGCAACUGUUCUGGUUACUGCGAGCAGAGCACUCUUCACUUGCACCUUGGAGCAAUUCGAUAAUGCCUGCUCGGGCUGUGCUGCUCGUCUGUCUUCUCCAAGGUAA